UCUCAGGUGCUGCCGCGGGCGGCCUGGCCGCCGUGCCGCCGGUUCUCCGAGCUGCCGCCCCUCACCUUGGCGGACAUCAAGGAGCGCGUCCUCUACGUCCUUAAGCUGUACGACAAGAUCGACCCGGAGAAGCUCACAGCCGAGUCCCACUUCAUGAAAGACCUGGGUUUAGACAGUUUGGACCAAGUGGAAAUCAUCAUGGCCAUGGAAGACGAGUUUGGGUUUGAAAUUCCUGAUGGAGAUGCAGAAAAGUUAAUGUGUCCACAAGAGAUUGUAGAUUACAUUGCAGAUAAGAAGGAUGUUUAUGAAUAAAAGCAGUUCUUCAAUGCCUGGAGCUGUCUCUACCACUAGGACUGGGCUGGUGUCAGCGGGUGUGAAUAUAAGCGCACAUGCUGCACCCUUGCUGCUUUCAUCAGGAGUCGUACUCGGACGUUGUAUUUAAAGCUGUCUGGAUGUGUUGUCCUUUAAAACCAAGAAAAAAAAAAAGGAAUAAAUAUAUAAGACCAUCAUUG